GUGACGUCACACGCGCACCCGCUGAGCCCGUUAGGCGCGCGCGCGCACGCCGCGCGGGAGAGGCCGCGGCUCCGUCACCGAUACCGGGGAAAGGCUCACGCCGCGUCUGCAGCCGAGGUCCUGCCCAGCCCAGCGAAGGGCCUGCACCGCACGGGUGAGGGCAUGGACGUGGCCAAUCACAGCGUGGUGCUGCUGCAGCAGCUGAACGUGCAGCGGGAGUUUGGCUUCCUGUGUGACUGCACCGUGGCCGUGGGAGACAUCCAUUUCAAGGCCCACCGGGCCGUGCUGGCUGCCUUCUCCAACUACUUCAAGAUGAUCUUCAUCCAUCAGUCUAGCGACUACAUCAAGGUGCAGCCAGUGGACAUCCAGCCGGACAUCUUCAGCUACCUGCUGCACCUGAUGUACACGGGCAAGGGGCCGAAGCAGCCGGUUGAUCCCAGCCGGCUGGAGGAGGGCAUCCGCUUCCUGCACGCCUACAACCUGGUGCAUGACCCGGGCCACGGGGGGCCACUCUUCGGUCCCCACCACGAGGUGCUGCCUCUGCAGUCGCCCAACCUGUACGGCAUACAGAUCUCCGGCUCGCAGAAGGUGCAGGUGGCACAGAGCGCAGGCCGGAGCGGGCCGCCUGGCCUGGGCUUGGAGCAGCCGGGCCAGCUGCCCUCCGGCCCAGUGGCCAACAUUCCCGAGCACCGCUACGCCAGGCCGCCCAUCACCCAGGAGGUGGCGACGCUCGGGGAGGACAGCAGCCCAGGAGCGACGCCGGCCGCCGCCCGCGGACUACAAGUCCCCGGCCUCGGCUUCAAGAGGGGCAAGUCCCACAAACACUACUCCUGCCACUACUGUGGGGAGAGGUUUGCUGCCAGGGGAAGCUUGCGGGACCACCUGUACUCCCAUGCCAGCGGCACCCUGCCCUCAGCCACCCCACCGGCAGCCGCCCAGACCAGGGGGCUCGGAGACCACCCCCAAGAAGCCGAGAAAGCCGAGGGGCUGCUGGGGGAGGAAGUACAGCUACCAGCCGCUAACCAGCACGAGACCAACAGCCUGGACGAGCAUCCUCCCGUCGGACUGACCGUCACCGUCGGAGCCUAUGGGGGCGACGCCAUUGAGAGCGGUAGCUUCGGCACGGCCAAGAGGAGGAAGUUCGCCUGCUCCGUUUGUGGCCACACGGCGGAGCCAGAGCCGGAGGCAGGUGCCCUGUCCCCGCCGCCAGCACCAGCGGCCACCGCCGGCCCAGAGGAGCUGCCCUCGCGGCGGCAGCAGCAGCUGGCAGCGGCCGAGCUGGAGGCUGCUUUCCGCGCCGUCUUCGCCAACUACGAGUCAGCGCGCGUGCAUGCCCACUACAAGUGCGUGCGUGGCGGGUGCGCGCUCCCCGUCACGGGAAGUGCGGUCACGGUGACUGCGCCGGGCCGGCGUGGUGGCGGCGACCGCUUCGUGCACCGCUGGCUGUGGGAGCGGGAACUGACGUACUGCGAGCGCACGGGUGUGUACUGGCUGUUGUACGAGGAGGGCCGCGGCAUGUACUGCUACCUGUGUCGGCGCCACGACGCCCACAACCGGCAGAACAAGAGCAAGGUGUUCAAUGGUACGCCGGCUGUGCGCUACAAGAAGGCAGCGCUGCAGGCCCACGCCGAGUCGCAGCAGCAUGGAGCUGCGGUCCGCGCCGAGCUGUCGGGCCGCCUGUCCGCACGCCAACUGGCCCGGAGCGGACAGCAGGAAGCGGCCUCGUUGCGCGCCCUUUUCCAGGCCGCCUAUUGGCUGGCGAGGGAGGGGCUGCCAACUGCAAAGCUACGCCCCGCGCUGCGGUUGCUAGGCGCCACGCCCACGCACUUCCGGCGCGCCGCUACGCUGUGCCGCGUCUUCCGCGCGCUGGGCUGCGCCGUGCACAGGCGCGUGCUGCUGGGCCUCCGGCGUGCCGCUCACUUCGGGCUGCUGUGCGAGAGGAGCGACGCGGAGGUCGGGGCCGGCGUUGACUCCGCGCUGCUCGGCUUCGUGCAGUACGUGGAUCCCGACUCCAAGGAGGUGACGUGGAGCUUACUCUUCGCCGAGGUAGGCCGCACCAGAGCCUGGGACUCGGGUGAGGAGGUGGCCGGGGCGGUGAGCCGCGCCCUGGGCCGCGCGGAGCUGGAGGGCAGCCGCCUGGCCUGGCUGGUGGCCGAGCAGGCGGGCGAGGAGGAGCCGGCGGCGCGGCUGCAGGAGGGCUGGCCUGGGCUGCUGGGGAUGGCGUGGCCGGGGCGGCGGCUGCUGCUGGCGGGGACUGGGCGCGGGGGAGCAGGGGCGUGCGGGCCGUUGCUCCGGCUCCAGGCCUGGCUGUACCAGCUGUGGGAGCUGCUCGAACGUUCGCCCGCCCUGGCCGAGGCUUACCUGGCCGCCCGCAUGCCCGGAGCAGAGGCCGAGGUCUCGCCGCCCAGCCGCCUCCUCCGGCCAGCGCUGCUCCGCCGGCUGCGACGGACCUGCCGCCGGUGCCGCCAGUCGGUCGAGGCGUCGGUGGAGGGUGCGUACGAGGAUCUGCCGGCGCUGCUGCGGGCACUGCGGGCUCAGGGCGGGGUGGAGGCGGCGGCCUGCGGCCUCUGGGCCCAGCUGAGCUCCCCGCGGGCCGCGGGAGGCCUCUACAUCCUGCGGGAGGUGGCGGCGGCGCUUCUCGGCCUGACACGGGCCCUGCGCCGGGCCAGGGGGCUACAGGCGCCGCCCGACGCCGAGCUGCGGAUCGCCCUGCAGCGGCUGCGGGAAGCGGCAGAGUCCGGGGCGCCGCUGAGCCGCCUGCGGGCCGACCUGGAGCCCGGCGGCCGCCUGUCAGCUUGCGGCCUGCCGCCGCUCGACGCCCGCGACCAGGCCGAGCUGCGCAGCCUGCUGGACGCCUACACGGCCGGGCUGGCGGCCGAGCUGCGACGCCGCUUCCUCGGGCCUGAGGCCGGGGCCUCGCCUCUGGCUGCCCUGGCCAUCUUCAACCCGCUGCUGGUGCCCGAGCCAGGCUCCCCCGAGGCAGCGGCAGCCCACGGGCAGGCCCAGGUGGCCGCCCUGGCCUCCCGCUUUCACCCCGGGGAGGCAGGCGCCGAGGCCCGGCUGCAGGCUGAGUGGGCCCGGCUCCAGCCCGAGCUGCGGGCCUGGCGCUCCAGCCUGCCUGCCUCGGCGCUGGCCGAGCCCGGGCCCACGGCUGUCGAGUGGAGCCUCCGCCGCCUGCUGCGCCUCCGUUCCUACCCGGGGCUGGCGGCUGUGGCUGAGGCGGCGCUGGCGGCACCCGUGGGCCCGGCGUGGGACGAGCGGGCGGCUGGAGCCUUGCGUAGGGUGGAGGCCCGGCUGAGGGAAGGCCGCUGCCGGGACGCUGGGCUGCUCGACAGCCUCCUGCACAUCAGCGUGAACGGCCCCGAGCUGGGCACGACCGAGUGCUCGCAGUUGCUGGAGGAAGCGGCGCACACGUUCCUGCAGCAGUGGCGGCCCGGAGCUGGGGCCUCGCCCCAGCACAAGCCCCACCUGGCAUCGGUCAAAGCCGAGGAAGUGGCCGAGAGCUCGGAACAAGAGCUGGAGCAGGAGCUGGAGCAGACGGGGGGAGCUCUGCAGCACCAAGCCGACAUUGACAGCGACUCGGAGAACAGUCUAUGCGACUAGGCCCCGGGUUUGGCCCUUCCCUCAGGCUUUACUCUGGGCUGGGAGUCAGGACAGGUCUGGUGGGAGGGAAGGUCAGUUGGAUGCUCUAAAGUGGAUCAGAAUGGUUGUUCAUCAAGAGAGACACAAGGAACUCCAGUUGCUGGUUUACCCAACAGGAAGGACAUAAAGUGGUGCAGUUACUCAGCGGGUCAGGAAGCAUCGCUGGAGAACAUGGGUCAGAAACUUCACCUAUUCACGUUCUUCAGAGAUCGUUCAUUAAAACUGGAACGUGAUGGGUUGAGUUUCACAGUAUUUUCACAGCCUCACUAUUCCCCUGCAGAGUUGGAACGGGUAGGAACUGAGCUGGUCCACAGAGUUAUGGCAGCUCUAUCCCAGAGCUGCAUUGAUUGAUUAAAAGAUACAUCAAGGGAACAGGCCACUGAGUCCACGCCGACCAUUGAUCACCCAUCACACUAGUUUUAUGCUAUUCCACAGUCUCUUCCACUCCUUCACUAGGGGGCAAUUGACAGAGGGCCAAUUAGCUUACAAAGCCGCACAUCUUUGGGAUGCGGGAAGAAGCCGGACCACCCGGAAUAAACUCACUUGGCCACAGGGAGAACGUGCAAACUCCACACACAGGCAGCAGCCUAGGUCAGGAUCGAACCUGGGUCUCCGGUGUUGGGAGGCAGUGGCUCUACCAGCUGCACCACUGUGCCACCCUAUUUCACCGGAAUCGUAGAAACAUUGCGAGAGGUGGUGCAGUGGUAGAGUUGCUGCUAUGCAGCGCCGGAGACCCGGGUUCGAUCCCGACCACGGGCGCUGUCAGUACGGAGUUUGCACGUUCUCCCCGUGACUUGCGUGGAUUUUCUUCGUGAUCUUUGGUUUCCUCCCACACUACAAAGACGUGCAGGUUUGUUGGUUAAUUGGCUUAGUAAAUGUAAAAAUUGUCCCUAGUGGGUGUAGGAUAGUGUUAAUGUGCGGGGAUCGCUGGUCGGCGGGAGCCCGGUGGGCCGAAGGGCCUAUUUCCAUGCUGUAUCUCUAAACUAAACCGAAGUGCAGGAAGCAAACUAGUCCCGAUCACCAUCUCUACUGCUGGAGGGAAGGAGGCUGAGAGGUGACCCAUGAAAUCUAUAUCAUUAUGAGGGGGGUAGAUACAGUGGUUAGUUUAAAAAACAACCUCCAUCUACCCUAGGCCAUGGUCAAACCCUUUGCCAGUUGGGGUUGGUAUCAGGACAGGUAUAGACUCAGAACUGAUGGGUUUUGGGCAUAGGUUUUGCAGGUCUAUCCCUGAGCUUAAUCUCCUUAAGUAAAAAAGAAUGACUUCACCAGAACUGGAGUGUCACGGGCCAUGUUUAAGAGUAACGGCCACAAUCCUCCCCACGCACAGGCCACAGCUCCAUGGCCAGUGGAAGUGAGCGUUCCCGAGAGCUGGUGUCUUGAGAUAGUGUGACGAGGGGCAAAGUCUUGCACAGUAAAACACAAAGUGCCGGGACAGCACUGGUGCAGCAGUAGAGCUGCCGCCAACCGUGCCAGACACCCUGGCUCGAUCCUGUGUGUGUGUGUGUUUGCACAAUCUCCCUGUGGUUUCACCAUGGGUUUCCUCCGGCUGCUCCUGCUUCCUCUCACAUCCAAAGACAGGCCACUUUAUGGGUUAAUUGGCCUGGCAUGCAGGGAGCGGAUGAGAAAGUGGGAUAACGUAGAACACGUGAUCAACGGUCAGUGUGGGCUUGGUGCUCCAAAGUGCCUGUUUGCAUGCUACAUUUUUUCAAGCUCUUAAAAAACCGAGUGAGGCAGGCAGCAUCUGCAGAGGGAAUGGACAUGCAAUGUUUUGGGUUGGGGCCCUUCAGUCUAGUGUGGUGGGAGAGUGUGACAGAAGCAAAGCCUUACUCAGGGUUCAAUCUUUGUAGCUCAUGUCCAGUCACAGGAAACCACGCAUAUUGUGUGUUUAGAGUAUAAGUGUUCAUCAUUUUUUUACGCUAUCGUGAUUUUUAAUUUUUAAUCUAUGUAUUUUGAAAGUGAAAAUAAAAGUUGUUUUUCUAGA